AUGGCCGGUGGUGCUGGUGAGGCGUCGCGUCUGUGGCGACUGUGGCGGCGGCGGCAGCAGGCGGCAGCGCGCCGACGCCGAGCGGGCGCUCCAGCGGCGCAGGCGCGGGCUUCCACGGCUCCAGGGCGGCCUGCUGCCGGUGGCAGAGGCGCUCAGUUGCCGGCGAGAGCGCGCCUCGGACGCACCCCCGCCGCCGCCGCCGCCUCCGCCUCCUCCACCUCCUCCGCCUCCGACUCCGCCAUAGCCGGCCCCGGGCCCGGGCUACCGGCCGGUCCGCUACCUGUUGUGGCGCGCUGCUGCUGGCAGAGGUUGGCAGCAAUGGAUGUCGUCAGUGUGGGCAGCUGCCUGAUGGCGGGCCUGCUGUACUAUGGCACCUUGGACGCGGGAUUUGUCUAUGAUGACAGCCGGGCGGUGCUGUCGAACCCGGACGUGGCGGGCGCGACGCCGGCGUGGCGGCUGCUGCUGCACGACUACUGGGGCACGCCGCUGCGGCACGGCGGCUCGCACGGCUCCUACCGGCCGCUCACGGUGCUCUCGUUCCGGCUGUCGCACGCGCUGGCGGGCGGCGCGCGGCCCUUCCACUUCCACCUGGCCAACGUGCUGCUGCACGCCGCCAACACGGCGCUGGUGGCGCGCCUCGCGCACCGGCUCUUCGCCGGCGUCGCCGCCGGGUCGCGCCUGCCGGCCGCCGUGGCCGCCGCGCUCUUCGCCGCGCACCCCGUGCACUCGGAGGCGGUGGCGGGCGUCGUGGGCCGCGCCGACCUGGCCGCCUGCCUGCUGCUGCUGCUGGCCGUGCUCUGCUACGCCGAGCACGUGCGCCUGCGCGACGCCGCGGCGCUCCAGGCGUCGCCGCCGCCCUCGCCGGCGCCGUGCAAGUGCCUGGCCCCCCGUCACCGCGACGCGCGGAACCCCGCCGCCCCGCCGGCGUCGGCGGCCAACCCUCCCGGGCAGCCGCAGCGCCGCCGCCGCCACCUGCCGCAGGCGGAAGAGGCGGCGCCGGCGGUCACGCCCGCCCAGAACGGCCCCGCCGCGGUGGACAAGCCGCGCCCCCCUGCCGACUGUCCCCGGGCGCCGGCGCCGCCUCCUGCCGCCAAGCGGCGCGCCAGGUGCCGGCCCUCGGUGUGGCGCGCCGUGGCGUCCUUCGUGCGCCGGCUGGACGCGCUGGUGCGGUCGUCGCUGGUGCUGGUGCUGUCGCGGCCGCAGCGCUGCCCCGGCUGCCGGCAGCCGCACCGCCCCCACGACGCCCCCGUCUCCUCCGCUCCCUGCACCGGAAAGCGCAUCAAGUUCCGCGACAAGUGCCACCACCACGGCCGCACCUCGCAGGAAUCUCAGUGCGCCGCGGAGAAUCCUGCUCGCCGGUCCCCGCUUUACACUCACUCUCGCGACGACAAUAUGAACGUGACGUACAGUGCGCCAGUGUCGGGCUUCGCGGACGGUAAGCGUAAACAAGUGUUAGUGUCGCCCCUGCCCGACCCGGGGAAGGGGAGACUCUUGGAGAAGCUGUGCCGCACGGUGUCUUCUUUCGUGCGGCACGGCCGAGCGGCGGCUCCGGGUAGUGGUGGCCCGGAGCCCUGCCACGGGCACGCCGCGUCUGCGUGGCCCUGGCUGGCGGGAAGCCUGCUGCUGUCCGCCGCCGCAGGCCUCUGCAAGGAGCCCGGCUUCACCGCGCCGCUCGUCUGCGCAGCCUACGACGUGGCGCUGCACCGCAGGCACUGGCGCGCCGGGCGCGGCCUGCGUCAGCUCCUGACCAAGCGGGUGGUGCGCGGCGCGGCGGGCAGCGUGGUGGUGCUGGUGGCGUGGCUGUGGCUGGCGCUGGGAGCGCGCGCCUUGCUGGCCGGGCUGCGCGCGCCGCAGUUCGCCGCCGCCGACAACCCGGCGGCGCGCUGCCCCUCGGCGCUGGCGCGCGCGCUCACCUUCCUCUACCUGCCGGCGGCCAACGCCUGGCUGCUGCUCUGCCCCGCCGUGCUCAGCUUCGACUGGUCCAUGGACGCCGUGCCGCGCGUGCUGUCGCUGCUGGACGCGCGCCUGCCGGCCGCCGCCGCGCUCUACGCCUCGCUGCUGCGCGCGCUCUCCGCCUCCUGGAGGAAGGCCGCCCCCGCGCCGCCCGCGCACAGGCGCCAGCGCCCGCCCCCGCCGCCCCCGCGGCUCCAGGCGGCGGCGUCGGCGGCGGCGGCGGUGCCCGCCCCGUGCCCCGUGUGCAGGCACUGCACCACCGACCAGCACUCGGCCCACUGCCGCAGCACCAACAACAACAACGCCAUCGCGGCGGGUGCCGAGUGCUACUGCGCGCCGGCGGGCAAGCACCACCGCCACCAAGCGCAGCAGCAGCAGCACCAGCACCACCGCCACCAAGCGCAGCAGCAGCAGCACCAGCACCACCACCACCUGCACCACCCGCCGCAGCGGCCGCGGCCGGGGCCGAGGCGGGCGCACGCGUCGGCCCCCGAGGUGCUGCUCAUCUCGCUGGCGUUCCUCGUGGUGCCGUUCCUGCCGGCGACCAACCUGCUGUUCUACGUGGGCUUCGUGCUGGCGGAGCGCGUGCUCUACAUGCCGAGCGUGGGUUGGUGCCUGCUGGUGGCCCUGGGCUGGCACCUGCUGGCAGAGCGCGCCGGCCGCCGCCUCGCCAUCGCCUGCGCGGCGCUGUUGCUGGUGGCGCUGAGCGCGCGCACGCUCCGCAGAAACCACGACUGGAGGGACGAGGAGAGCCUCUACCGCUCCGGCGUCGCCGUCAACCCGCCCAAAGCCUACGGGAACCUGGGCGCCGUGCUCAGCUCUCAGGGCCGGGUGGACGAGGCGGAGAAGGCCUUCCGGCUGGCCCUCCAGCACAGGCCCAACAUGGCGGACGUCCACUACAACUUGGGCGUGCUGCUGCAGGGCCGUGAGCGCUACGAGGAGGCGAUGCAGAGCCUGAGGCUGGCCAUCCAGUACCGACCCACGCUGGCAGUGGCUCACCUGCAUCUGGCGCAGUUGCUGGAGCGGCAGGGCCGCUGCGCGGAGGCGGAGGAGCAGUACCGCCGCUGCUGGGAGGCGGACGGGUCGCGGGUUCGAGACCCGCGGGCCCACGAAGCGGCGCGCAUCCAGGCCAUGCUGCAACUGGGCCGCCUCCGCGCCGACCAGGGCCGCCUCACGGAGGCCGUCGCCGCCUUCCAGGCCGCCGUCCGACACAGGCCGCCGCACUUCGCCCCCCAGGCGCUGUACAACCUGCUGGGAGAGACACUGGUGCGGAUGCGCCACUACGAGCAGGCGGAGCAGUGGUUCCGGGCUGCUCUGCAGGCCGAACCGCACCACGUGCCUGCACACGUCACCUACGGCAGUCUGCUCGCUAUGAACAGGAGCCGCGCGGCCGAGGCGGAGCGUUGGUUCAGGAGGGCGCUCCAGCUGGCGCCGGAAGACCCGAGCGUCCACCAGCACUUCGGCCAGUUCCUGUCGGGCCAGCAGCGGCACGCGGAGGCGGCUCUGCGCUUCGAGGCGGCGGCCGACCUGCUGCCCUCGCGGCUGGACCUCGCGCUUGCUGCCGCCUCCUCGCUGCGGGUGGCCGGCCUCACCGGCCGCGCAGAGCGCUUCUACCGCCGCGCCGUCCAGCUGCGGCCGCAGAGCGCGCGGCACCACCUAAACCUGGGCGCCAUCCUGCACCUGAACGGCCGCUACGACGAGGCAGCCGCCUGCUACCGCGAGGCGCUGCGCCUGCAGCCGGAUGACGCAACCGCGCUCACCAACCUGCAGAAGCUGCGCAGUCUCAUGGCGGCCCGCCGGCCCAGCAAGCUGUGACACCUGCAGCCGCGUGACGUCACGCCGCCCAGAGCACAGUCACUGGCGGCCACCUGACGACCACCUGCGCCAGCUGGCUGCGGGUGAGCCGCGCCACCUGCAAAGGAGUUCGCGAGACCUGGCAUGUGCCCCGUUUCGCGUCGCGAAGAAGACCAACCAUAGCCGCUGUGGGAUUCUUACGGUUAACUUCAAGGUCAAGCAGUCUGGUCGUGAUUAUCCUGUCGUUGCCUGGACACCAGUUUUAGUGAGUGCCCUCUUACUGCAAAAGAGUAUUCGUGGAUGGCCAACUCUAUCGCCUACAGUCGAGACGCUCGAAACUACAAGCAUCGCAAAGUGUUUGUUCCCGAGGUGCACUACCCACCUAGUUAAGCUGACAUUGGUGAUCCGUGAAAUCGAGUCGGUUCUGAUUUAUCUGCCAGUUACAUGUCAGUGUUCGCAUGACGCUGCAGUUCAUCCUAUUUCUUCGUCAACCUGCGGAAUGACAAAUAUCUCCGAAAUGCUUGGCAAACGUAGAGACUUCGCUCAAACGUCAUGACAUGAGGUCUGUGAGGAGCGAAGUUUCAGCACUAGCUGCUUCAGGUAUGGAAAGACUAAAAUUCAGUGGCAAAGAAUAAGUGUCGGAAAUUGACGCUAUACGCUUGUUAUCAUUCUAAACACUUACCUGGUACUGGGAAUCGUUUAAUAUAAAUGAGAUUCUUCAGAAUAAUCUUAAACAAUGCUCUCCUCAGUACUUGCCACUGUACUGACUCAUUCUCAGUAUCUAAUUCGAGGAAACGUGAAACAUAAGGUGAACAGUCACUUCUUUUCUAUAAACCAAACACACACACACACACUGAAGACGACUAACGACUUGCAAUAUACUGGGCCGUUAGAGUUGCUUCUUUCCAAAGGAAAGUACUCUAACUUUUACUAGUUUACCUGUCAUGAAAAAUAAAACAACCACAAGUAGCAUGUACGUCUCAGUAUUCGCUGUGAUGAGUACUAAUGCUUCAAACUUUGUUAGGAGCAGUAUCGUGUUAACACUAAAAUGCUAUGAAAAUAACAGAAUAUGGACAUACGUUACUAGUUCUGUACGUGUACAUAACUUACGUGUUGGUCAGUUUUUAACAGUGACACUAAUGCAUUCCAUAUUUCGUUUUGAAAUCAUACUGUGACUUUAGCGUACCAACGCUAUAAUCAGAGAGUCAGAGAAAAGUAUUCAAAAACAGAAUUCCAUUGGCAUCUGACUUUGUUAAAAACGUAUCUUCUUAGGUGAGAUCAUGCACAGUAAGCAUUACGAUCAUUGUAUCACGAUAUGGUGAAAGGAUUGCAAAACGUUUCUCUGCACGCGAUUUGUCAGCGAAGGUCUAAACUGCAAGGCAGAGAAAGGCUCAUGAGCCCAAAAAAACCGUCACACAUGUUGCACUUUUUCUGCGGGAAGGAAUCACCAUUCGUUUCUUACGCUAACCUGGUUUAAAGUUUCAUUCAACAGAAGCCUUAUGGAGUUCAAGAUAUGCACCUACAAUAACAAUGAAGUGCUACUUCCUUGCUUCACGACCAUUCAAAGAAUUAUUCCUUCUACCUUAAAACACUUGCUAUUGGUUUCGAAGGUGAACCGUGUGCCUUGGAAGCACAUCUUAAAAUUGACUCAUGUUCCUAAAAGUGUAUGUUUUGAUCAAUUAAUGAUCAUCGGUGGAUUCCUGUAACCAGUAUAAUAUCUUUGCGUACAGGAGAACCCCUAUAUAUUCAUACAAAUAUAUACGACAGGGUUCGUUAAUUCAUGUCGCGAUAAAUAAUCAACAUGUCACUCUGAACGUUAUUUCUCUAUAAGUGUCAAACAUCUUCGAAAUACAUAUUUAUCUUUAACGACCCAGUUGUGCAUGUUAUAAAGCUCCAGAUAACUAUUGGAUCAAUGCAGUAUGUUUCGAUUAAUAUAUAGACGAAUAAAUUGUUUCCCACUUAAUACAAUUAGCAGAUUCUGCCUGUGUACUGCAGCUUCCUUAUUUAUAACAUGACAGAGGACUUUUCCUGUGAAUGUAUAUAAGUAAAUUAUUGGUGACACAAUGCUAUGAACUGUGAAUAUAAAGUUAAAAAGACAGCAAAUUAACAUUGUAGUUAAUUUAGUUUGCAUAAAUGCUGAGCUAUCAUCUUCUAAAACAGAAAAUUUGAAGACAAAUUUUCUUACUGUUUUUGUCCCAGCUUCCUGCUUCAACGACAGUGACCAUUCAUGACCGAGUCCUUAGCUCACAAUUGUACAUAGAUCCCAUAAAAUGUUGACUAGCUUUUUCCCCAGGGCCUACCAUCUCCCAUGAAUGAUAGGUAAACGUCGUAACGUGAUACGCUUAAGAGAAAAAUAAAAAUGUAACAUAAAACUUUCAAUUUUUUGAAGACAAGCUAUUUUUAUAGGACACUGAUUAGAACGAUACACGAUAUUUAUAUCUGAUCUAAGGUAAAGGUUCCUUUAUCCGCUUAAAACAAGAAAUUUGUGUUUUCUUCAGUUAUUGUGAAAACAGACCCAUUUUUCUGCAACAGCUCCCCAAAGACCUGCAUUCUUAAUGUCAGUCAGACAGCCUGCACAAUACAUUCUGAAGACUUUUGCAAAUACGUGUUGUGGGUUUAGAAAACCAGGACUAUAAUGUGCAACUGUUAUGUAUACUAAAGUGCAUUUUUUGAGCUGGCCAUAGAAUAUGGAUAAAAAACGUUUGUCUACAGUUAUUGACUGGUGUUGUUCAAUAUCAUCUUGUUAUUGUUUUAAAAUUAUAAUUUACUUUGUCACUCCAUAGUUUCAAAUGAACUGAAAAUUUUGUGUGAGAACUGAAUAAGAGACAAGGAGGAGAUGCAUCAGUUGCUCUCAAUAUUGUUAAAAAUUGCAGUACAUGACAGUAUAAAUAAAUGACAUAAUUUGUAAUUCUAAAAGUAUUACAUUAGUUUUUUAAACAAUCUAAAAUAUUAGAUUUGCAUGCCUGUGCAUAAUGUACAUUACUUUAUUUACCCUUUAUAUCUCAAAAUGCCCACAAACCUCUUCAUAUUAUUUAUUACUAGUUUUUUGCCACAUCCUUAUGUUAAGGGCUUAUCAGCUUUGAUCUUUGUUGAACAGAUGGCUUAACUAGUCAAAUAUAUGUAAUGGCACUAUUUUGGUUGGUGGGAAGGAUUGGACAGUAAGGACAAGGUACUUGCCAUAACUGUCAUUUCUACGCAUAUUGCAAGACUGUGUAAUAAUCAAAGCUGUUAAUAACAUAAAAUGAAAUAAUGUAGCUUUUGCACCUAAAUACAUGGUAUAGUGUAAGCGUUAGUGGCAAGUACAUGUGUUCUUGAACUUCAGAAAUACCUCCUGUCCCAUUUGCUUCUACAAAAGAAAGAUGUAACACAGUGUCAUUAGAAGAAGCUUAUUCCAUGAUUUGUUACUAUACAAAAUAUGAAAUGUCAUUUGGAGGAGUGUUGGGUAUUUUAUUUUUAAUUUUCAUCUUGGGAAAUUAUUGCACAUAUUCAAUGUAAAAUGUAUUUUUCUGGUAGUUUAAGUGAAAUUAUAUAUAAUUUAACUUGCAAACCUGUUAAAAAUCUACUCCAGUGAAUGACGUUUAAUGCAAACUUCAGUGGAGUAGUAGUUAGCAAUGUGUUAUAUACAAGGAUUGAACCAUUCUAAUGUCUUGAUAAUUGCAGAAGUUUCAUAUUAAGAAACUUAAUUAAAAUUACUGUCUUCCAACAAGAUAUUGUUAGUAUGGUGUUUCUGUGUUAAUAGAAAAAAAUUGAGAUAUGCUACCCAGCACUCUUUUUCGCUGUAUUCACAACGAAAUUAGUUUAAUUUGCAUUAGAUAUAAUAUCAUAAAUAUAAUCUUUAUAAUAUUUAUCAAGACAAUACAGAUACAUUUGUAAAUAUAAAA